GGCAGAGCGGGAGGCGCAGACCCGCCGCCGCCGUGGGCCCGGGAGCUGCAAGCGCGGAGCGGGGUCUGGGGGUGGGCGAGGCGGCCCGCGGAGUCUGCGGGUCAUGCAGGUCUCCCGGGACCCCGCCGCCGUGUCCCCUCGGGGCGGCCGCCGGGCCCACGUGUCCAUUAUCCUCCCCGUCUACAAUGCUGAACGCUGGUUAGACGAGUGCUUGGAGUCCGUUUUGCAACAGGACUUUGACGGAAGCAUGGAGCUCUCUGUUUUUAAUGAUGCCAGUAAGGACAAGUCUAUGUCUAUCAUUGAGAAAUGGAAAGUGACGUUAGAGGAUUCUGGUAUCUUCGUGGUCAUUGGAGGUCACGAUUCCCCUUCCCCCAGAGGAGUUGGAUAUUCUAAAAAUCAAGCAAUAGCACAGAGCUCGGGGGCUUAUCUUUGCUUUUUGGAUUCAGACGAUGUGAUGGCACCUCAGAGGGUGAGGCUGCAGCACGAGGCCGCCCUUGGGCAUCCCCAGAGCAUUAUAGGUUGCCAGGUGAGGCGAGACCCCCCUGACUCUACCGAACGAUACACACGUUGGGUCAACCAGCUUUCAUCCGAUCAGCUACUAACCCAGGUUUUCACGUCGAAUGGUCCAACUGUGAUUAUGCCUACCUGGUUCUGCUCGCGAGCAUGGUUUUCCCAUGUGGGCCUCUUCGAUGAGGGUGGCCAGGGCGUGCCAGAGGACCUGCUCUUCUUCUACCAGCACCUCAGGAAGGGCGGCGGCGUCUUCAGGGUGGACCAGAGCCUCCUCCUCUACCGCUACCACCCGCUCGCGGCCACGCACUCUGUCCUCGAGGCCACCAUCUGGAGCCUCCGUGUCCACUUCCUGGAGGAGAGGGUCCUCGCGCGCUGGACGGUCUUCACCAUCUGGAACGCUGGCCGGCAGGGGCGGAGGCUGUAUCGCAGCCUGGGGGCCGCCAGCCGGAGCAAGGUGGUUGCAUUUUGCGAUGUAGACGAGAACAAGAUCCAGAAGGGCUUCUACUGCUACGAGGACUCUGAGGAAAGGCCCAAGCCCCGGGUUCCGAUCCUGCAUUUCCGAGCGGCCAGGCCGCCCUUCGUCCUCUGUGUGAAGCUGGAUCUCACGGGGGGCGCGUUCGAGGACAACCUGGGGUCCCUGCACCUGCAGGAGGGCCGGGACUUCGUCCACUUCAGCUGACAGGUCCCAGGCGGCAGGUCGGGUAUGUACGGAGCCCCCGGGGCACACACGGCCUAGAGUGGCCAGCCUGGUGCUCCUGGUCCUUAGCAGCAGGAGCGCGGCGAGCAUGUCAGGGUCAGCGCGUGGAGGGGCGUGCGGACGUUUUAAGGGUCCGUGACUUUCACCUCAUGACAGCUCUGAGGGGCGGCUAGACAAACACGCCUUGGGCCCCGCACCGAGCGCAGCUGUCCCCCUUGGCGCCUGCUGCCGAGCUGGCGGUGUGUCCUGCUGACUCUGCUCGCUGUGGCGCAGGACGCCCCGUGCUCCUUUUCUCCCCUUGACGGACAUCGGGUUGUCUCCGGUUCUUGGCUGUUACGAGUAAAGCUCUGUGCUGGUCCGGGCUGCUCCGGUGCGAGUGUGGUUCCAUCACUCGAGGAAAGCCCAGCGCAGGAUGAUGGGACGCCAGGCGGGCAGGGCCCCAGCGCGCCCCGGGGCAGGCCCGUCAGCACCUCCUGGGGGCUGGGGGCUCGUCCUCCGUGAGUAGGGGUCAGCGCUGGGCGCAUUUUCACAUGUCCACGGGUUGGUUGGCCACUCGGACGUCUUUAUCUCUUGCCCAUUUUUGUUUUUGUUCUUAAUGUUUUAUUCUGAAAUAACUUCAAAUUUACAAGGUAUAAGGAUAUUACAAAGAACUCUUUUACAUCCGUUACCCCAGUUCACGGUGUUGAACACAUGUGCAUUAUUAUACCCUGAAGCUUUUAAGGAUAGUUUGCACACAUCGUGCACCUUUCUCUUUUCUUUUCAUAGCAGUGCCACAAAUUACUCUAAGAUGAGAUAAUAAUAGUAAACCCACUGCAGUCAGCAGUUACAAUCCCCUUCCUUGUGUCCGGUCCUCGAUCUCGAGGGAUUUGGGGCGAUGACCAGUCUGGCUGCUUCAGGCUGAGGAGGGCAGUGAGUGGGGCUGUACUGGCCAAAGCUUCUCCUUGCUUUCAGGCCGGGACAGUCCAAGGACUGGACAGGGGGACGUGGCUCCCACCUGCUGGCUCCGGGGAUCCGCCGGCACAGGAAAGCCUCCGGAAUGUCCUUGCUUCCAGGGGAUUAACGAUCGUUUGCCACUGAGGCCUCGCAGGAAGCGAAGUUCGCAUGAGCUCAGCGCGCACCCGGCAGUGGUCUCGGUGUCGCUCAAGUGGCCCCAACGCGUCUGACCUGGUCAGCGGGCAGCUCUGUGCCAACACUGACGCCGGUUCCCAGGAGUACCAGGCUUGAUAGCCACACCUCCCGGAAGCCCCUGAGCACUCCUCAACCCCACUGCAGAUGAUGGAGAAGGGCGCUACCCCCAGGAGUGCUGGGCUGGGCAGAACGGAAGCAGCUCUGCUGCCCCGGGGGCUGCCAGGUGACGGCUGUGCAGCCCUGCGGGUGGGAGGCUGAGGGAAUGCUGAAGCCAGUGGAUGCAGGAGUUUACACAGAUAGAACUUGCAGUUCUCUUUCAUCCACGCAGAAUUAACACAGAUCAGCACAAACCCAGAGAGAGCUGGGAGGGAAGCCUGUCUUGCUGAGGCACACGAGAGGCAGUGUGGCGUCCCCACAUCGCACCGGGGAACCAGUGUCCUAGGAGAAGAGGGCGUUGGAUGUUGAUUGUUCUCAUGCAGCAGACAUGAGCACCUGUCUUUUCAACCAGUGAUUCUUAAAUUUACCACUGUGAGUCUCUCAGGUGGUUCAGAGCACAGGAUUGGCCUUUUCUGGUUUGUAUAAUCGAUGAGGAAAGUUGUGCAAGGCAGGGCCGCGUGCAGAGCUGUCUGUGCUGAGCAGCCGCCCCCAAGCUCGGGUCCUUUGGGCCUCAGCUCCCACCCCCAUCCCGUGACUUAUUCAACAACGUACACGUGCCUGUCAGUGGCUAAGUCCGAGCUGAGAGGCCAGACCCACAGGGCCCAGGCGAUCAAGCCUCAGCACGGCCUCCUCACACACAUCGACAUCAGAGAUGGCAAACAGACACUGCUCAAGAACAUGAUUUAAUAGAGGCACGAUGCCUCUGAAGGCGAGGCAGGCACAGCCACAGGCAGGUCCCCCACUCUGGCUGCAAACCCCGAGUCCUGAUGAUGCAGGCACUCCCCAGCCAGCCGAGGCACUGGGCGCCCUGGCCCUUCCUCGGGAGCGGAGCACGCCUGCUCCUCACGCAGCAGCUGGAGGCCCCCGGCGUCAGCUCCUCGGCAUCAGCAGGGGCUGGGCUGCAGAAGAGACGGGACUGUCAGGGGCUGUGAGGACUGUCCGUGGGGCCCCAGCCCUCUUCGGACACUCCCUCCCUCCCCCCUGUGCAAGGACUGACACAGACAUUUGGGUUCCUGGAAGGAAACUGCACUUUGUGUGGCCGUGUGGCAGGCACCGAGAGUCGGGGGAGGCUCGUUACGCUCAAUCUCUCGUUUUAUGCACGUGAACGUGAAAGACAUUGAAUCCAGGAUUUCAAACAAGAAAAUGGGAGAGACCACAGAGCUGCUCGUCUCCUCCCCUCAUGGGCCAGGGCAGGCCCCUCCUCCACUCUGUUCCUGGACGUGGGUCCCGGGAGGACCAGGAGGGGAGACGAGGAAAAAGGGGGGAAAAGGUAAAAUUGUCUCAGGAAUUACAGACGCACGAAGGAGAGCAGACUGGAAAGGAAGCGCGUGAGGCACCCUGGAGAAAGGUAGAACAUGACCGAGAAAGAAGUGAAAGAAGGAAGGUAGGAAAGAAAGUAGAGGAAGAGUUGAGAGAUGGUGGUUGAAAAGGCCCAGAGUAUCUGACAAAGAGGAAACUUCUCACUGCCUCGGUGGCCUCUGGAGCCAGGUGGCCUCGGGGUGCAGCUCAGAGCCACAGAGAUGGAGGAUGCACAGCGAGGGGGGACGCGGUGGUUCUGGGCAUGGAGAAAGUGGUCGCUGAAGAGUAGCAGGAAAGGGCAGUGCAGCCCUGGGAGACUAAACCCGACUGGAUCAGUGAUGACACACUCAGUAUGUGAGUCGGGAAUCCCACGUUAAGUGUGUGUUGAAGCACACUAGGCAAAGAGCAAAACAAUGUAAAAAGAUAAACUAUACAAGCAUUAACAAAGAACAAAAAAAACACAAAACGUACAUUGAUGUUCUACAGAGUAGCCGUCAAGGCAAGACGCAUUAGAAAUGAAGAAGAUUUCAAAUGGUCAGUCUACCCACCAGAUGGCAAAACCUUAAGCACACAGGCACCCAUUAGCGCAGCUUUGAAACAUACCACAAAAGCUGACAGAACUAAAAGGAGAAUUUGAGAAAUCCUUCUCAUAGUUGGAGACUAACACAAGUUUCUCAACAGCUAACAGAAGACAACGAAACAUACAACCAGGAAGUCAAGCUAGUAGCACACCCCACACGGCCAGGCUCCUGGCCUUGGCUCCAGCUCCGGCACGGAAAGAGCCUGGAGUCACUGUCCUGUCCACAGAACAAGGUAACGCUGGACAAGCUGAAAGUCAGAGAACUGAGGUGGCCAACUCAAAUCUGGAGCGAGAGGCUGAGAUCUGCUUGGGAGCAGAAGCUGACAGAAACCCCGAGAUGCACAGUGAUGAACUGCAGGAGGCUGAGUGUGUGGGGGCCAGUGGGAGCAGGAGAAACUCCCGGGGCCCCACCCCACCCGUGCUUUCCCUCUGGAACCCGCCAGGCUCCCACCGGGAAGAUCCCCUCCCCCUGCAGCCUUUUCACCUGAGUGGGAACCACGCAAUUAGCAGGGCUCAGGGCUUUGCAGACAGAAUGGCCUAGAAACACUAGCCAGGGAUUCAAUCUAGUGAACACAGAGUGCCCCCUCCCCACACCAGCAGGGGUCCAGUAUGAUAAUGGUGGGGGGGGUCACAGCCGAAUGAGGAGGACUUAGGGGACCUCAAAGUCAAGAGAGGAGACAAAAACAAGGAUGGGAAUCUUCUGAAACUGCCAGAAUAGCAGCCACAGCAAUCGGCAAACCUAGACCAACCCCUAAGCAGAUUAACUAGAUCCUCAGCUCCUACUACCUGGUUGUCAACAGAAAAUUACAAGAUUUUAAGACAUGCCAAAAGGCAAGGAAAAAAAAAAGUCUGAAGAGAAGCAUCAGAACUGGACUCAGAUAUGGCUGAGCUGCUGGGAUUAUCAGACCAGAAAUGUGAACUGUGCCGAGGACGCUAAUGGGGAGAGGGGACCACGUGCCUGACAGAUGAGUGAGGUGAGCAGAGCGACGGAGGCUGAACAAAUCCAAAGGAAAUGCCAGAAAUAAAAUACUUGAAGGAAGGAAUAAAAAACAACAAAAAAAAACAGAACAUCCUAGAACUUUGGGACAAUUUCAAAAGCUAUAACAUACAUGUAAUGGGAAUCACCAGAAGAAAGAGAAAACUCAACAGAAGAUGUCCUAGUUUUCUAUGCUGCUAUAACAAAUCACCACACCAGCUUAGUGGCUUAAAGGACACAAAUUUGUCCUCUUACAGCUCUGGAGGUCCAGAAUCCGACAAGGGCUAAACUCUGGCCAAGAUCAAGGUGCCAGCAGGCUGUGCUGAUUUGUGGGGGAACCCAUUUACAGCCCUUCAGUUGGCAGAAUUCUGUUCCUUGUAACUGGCCUGAGGUCCCCACUUUCUUGCUGGCUGUAAACUGAGGGCUGCCCCAGCUGCUCGAGGCUGCUGCGCUCUUGGCUCGUGCACCCCAGAAACAGCAGGCUGAACCCCCUUGUGUCUCCGACGCUGACGGUCCUCCACUGUGGGGUCAGAUCAGCCCCUGGAUCUGCUCCCUCGUCCACCUGCACAAGUGAGGCCCCUUCUGCCAAGUGAGGCCGCACAGCCACACGUCCUGGAGAUUGGGGGGUUCAUAUCUUCGAGGGGCCAUUAUUAUGUCUGACUGAGAACUUGCCAAAAUUAAUGAUUGGCACACAGAUCCAGGAAGCUCAGAAAACACCAAGCAGGAUAAAUCCCCCAAAAAAACCUAAGCAUACCGUAUCCAAACUGCAGCAAACCGAAGACAGAGAAAAUCUUGAAAGAGCCAGAGGGAAACACACGUUUACAGAGGAAAAGGAGAAGAAUCCCAAUGGACUCUCGUCACAACUCAUGCAAGCAAAAAGAAUGGGGUGAAAUUUUAAAUGUUGGAAGAAAACCCUCCACUGAACUAGAAUUCUGUAUCCAGUGAAAUUAUCCUUCAAAAGUGGAGAAAUGAAGACAUUUUCAGAAAAACAAUAAACAAGGGUAUUCAUCUCUAGCUGACCUCUGCAAGAAAUGUUAAAAAAUCAAGUUUUUGAGGCAGAAGGACAAUUAGAUGGGUCAGAAAUUUGGGUCUUCAUGAAGAAAGGAAGAACAUUGAAGAAGGAACAGAUUAUUCCUAAUUGAGCCACAGCAAGCAUAACAAAAGCACACUGGGUGACCACAGCCUGGGGACCCUGACCGCAGUGUCACAGGAGGGGGCGGGAUCAGGGGUGCCUGCCCCAAGUGGUCCUGGGCCUCAUGAAGGACCGCCAAGCGGGACAGUUAUUGGAAGGGAGACUUGCUGGAAAAUGGACAUCGAAAACGCUAAGGCAAUCACCCCCAGAUUUUGAAAAUGAAGUAUGAUUCAUAUGCUGACAGGAGAUGAAACUGGAUUGUUUAAAAUGCUCAAUUAAAACCAGAGAUGGCAGAAAAAUGGGAAAAAGAACAAGUACAGUGAACAAAGGAGAGUUUCAAACAUGGUAGACAUCCAGCUAUAUCAAGAAUCACUUUAAAUAUGAAUGGUCUAAACACACCAGUGAAAAGGAAAGACUGUUGGAAUGAAUAAAAAAAGACCCUAAGUACAUGCUAUCUCCAAGAAACCCAUUUUAAAUAUAGACUCAAGUAGGUUAAAAGUCAAGAGCUAGAGAAAGAUACACAAUGCUAACAUCAAUCAAAACACGGGGGGAGUAGAUGCACCCAAAUGACAGACACCGCAUUCCUUCAGGGUGAUACGGGUAGGGACUGUCUGCCAGAAAGCUCCAGCAAACUUGAAAUGACUGACGCGUAUGCUCACUGAUAAGAGUGGAAUUACGCUAAAAGCCAGUAACCAAAUGCUUAUCAGAAAAUCCCCAACUACUGAAAACUAAAAGUGCAUGAAUAACCCAUCAACCAAAGAAGAAAUCAAAAUGGAAAUUAGAAAACAUCAACUUGUUAGAUGAAGCUAAGGCAGUGUUCAGAGAGAAAUUUAGAGCCUUAAAUGCACGUCAGAGCUAACACAUCAAACUUAAGGAAGGAAACAAUAAAGAUAAAAGCUGAAAUUAAGAAAACAGAAAAUUAAAUAUACAAUAGAGAAAAACCAACAAAGCCAAAAGUUGCUCCUUUUAAAAGACAAAGCUGAGAGGCUCCCCCCUACCCUGGCAAGAACAAAAAGAGACGACAGAUUUAUAACAUCAGAAUGAAAAAAGGACAUUACUACAGUCCCACAGUCAUUAAAAUAAGAGAAUAUAUAAAAUCUUAGGUGAAAUGCACACGUCCUCAAAACAUAAAACAAUAAAUUUGACAAUAAGAAAUAGAAAAUCUAUAUAUUCCAACGAAUGCCUAUUAAAGAAAUUGCAUUCAUUAUUGAAAUUAAAAUUUUCACGUAAAGAAAACCUCAGGUUCUUACGGCUCUGCCAGUGAAUUCUCCCAAACACUUGUAGAAAAAAUAAAGAUGUUGCAUAAAGUCUUCAAGAGAAUAGGAACAGAUGGAGCCAUUUCCAAUUUAGUUUAUGAGGUCAGCAUAAACCCUGAAAACCUCAUGUGCUGGUUUGGAUCUGUUACGUACCCAGAAAGCUACGUUCUUUUAUUUCUUUUCAUCCACCCUUUUGAUUCUGUUUCCAUGGAGAUGUGACCCGCCCAUUCGAGUGGGUCUUAAUCCCCUUGC